GUGGUUCGGUUAGUCCGCCCUGAGCAGGCGGCGCAAGACCAUAAAUGCCUUUGUUUGCUGGAGCCGCGUUCGGCGUUUGUCCUUUUUCUUUUCUUUCCUUUAUUUAAAUCUGCUUGAUCUCUGCCCAAUUCAGUAACCCACUUCUACCGUGCGCCUGCCAGAACCUUUGUGAGGCCGGAACCAAUAUGCUGUGCCUCGAUGGCGGCCGGAGGACUGUUUUGGCCAGGACCACCAAGUCUGUGAGAAGGGUUGGUCGGGACAGUUCCGGCGGGAGAAGGCGGCGGUGAGGUCCUCGUCUUCGUCUCCUGAGAUGCACCGACAGAGUUUUCGACCCCCGACUCCUCCCUACCCCGGCGCGGGUGUAGGAGGUUGGGGUAGCGGGAGCAGCUUCCGGGGUACCCCGGGCGGAGGCGGACCGCGGCCGCCCUCCCCUCGGGACGGGUACGGGAGUCCGCACCACACGCCGCCGUACGGGCCCCGGUCUAGGCCCUACGGGAGCAGCCACUCUCCGCGACACGGCGGCAGAUUCCCGGGGGGCCGAUUCGGGUCUCCGUCCCCUGGCGGCUACCCUGGCUCCUACUCCAAGUCCCCCGCGGGGUCCCAGCAGCAAUUCGGCUACUCCCCAGGGCAGCAGCAGACCCACCCCCAGGGUUCUCCAAGGACAUCUACACCAUUUGGAUCAGGGCGUGGUAGAGAAAAAAGAAUGUCUAAUGAGUUGGAAAAUUAUUUCAAGCCUUCAAUGCUUGAAGACCCUUGGGCUGGCCUAGAACCAGUAUCUGUAGUGGAUAUUAACCAGCAAUACAGCAAUACUCAAACAUUCACAGGCAAAAAAGGAAGAUACUUUUGUUAACAUUUCUGAAAUUCACCCGGAAGCUCCAUGUGUCAGGAACAUCUUGGACAAAACUUUUACUCCUGUAAUUAAGUUGAACCCUAAGAUGGUGACUUUGAAUAAUUAGUUCAGUCUUCUUGGUAUUUUUCAUCUUAUCAAGUAUUGUUGAGAUUAGAGAAGACAUACAGUAGAGUAAUUUGCAAUAUUUAGCUCUUUGGAAGUGCCUACCACAUUUUAGAAGAUUCACAGUUUCCAAAUAUUUAACGUUCAUGGUUAUAUAAUGGACAUUUGUCUUUCAGUGGUUUUCCAAUGUUUUAAAAUAAAACAUUUUGUCUUUCUAGAUAUAUUGUGGUUUUGUCAUAUGCUAAAGAAGUAGAAUUAUUAAAAUAUUGCCUGUAAUCACUUGCUUAGCAUUCAUAGGUAAAUAUUUUGCAUACUACUUUUGAAAAUGAAAUAAACCAUCCUUAGAGAUACAGACAGUUAUGUAUUUGUUCACAGGGAAAGAGGGUGAACGAAGAGAACAGAAAAGAAUUCUAUUCAUAUUUAUUAUAACCAUUGUUCUUUGUGCAUAUUUUAUGUAAUGCUUUUGUAAAUGCAUUGAAAGUCACAGAAACCCAUUUAAAGGGUAUUUAUACUUUUUAUAUUCAUUUAACUGGAAAAGGCAAGGAUAGAUCAUAGCUAGAUUAAAGUGCUCUGUAUCUGAAUUUCUCAACAUCUCUCAAUAUUUUGGAGUCAUUUUCUCUUGAGCCAAGGAAGAUGGGUACCAGCAUUCUGAAAUCACUUCCUUUGUGAAGAGAACAUCUCCCAACACUGUCCAUCCCAAGAAAGACCGAUUUGUCCUACCUGGAUCAUGUUUCUGUAUUCCUGAACCAAUAAUGGCCCAAGCAAUGAGGCCUAACUAGCUUGAGCUAUGAACCUCCCCUAUAAUGAGACAGGGCUCCACUAGGCCUGCGUGGAUUAGAAAAGUGGUUUUCCAAAGGAAGAGGUGCUACAUGUGUAUACCUAAAUUAACUAUUUCUUCCCAAAUAUUUCAACAAAACUAAGUCUUCUAACAUUCAGGCUUUUUAGAUACUUUGAUAUCACAACAUGAUGAAGAUAAAGCUAGUUGAAAUUCUCUUUAAACAUUCCCAAAAAGAAACAUCUAAAAAUGAAAUGGUCACACAACCUGUUUGAGCCAUACUCAGUUUCUUACCUCUUGGGUCUCAGAGGCAAAGAAGAAAAGCAGAGGGAAAGAGUUUAGACUAAUAAAAGCUCCACAGCAGCCAGGACUAUUUGUACCAAUUAAAAGCUGGAUGAGUUAUUUAACUUCUCUAUGCCUCAAUUUUUUCAUAUGUAAAAUGAAAAUAGUACCCAUGUCAUAGAGGUGUUGUGUUUGAGGAUUAAAAGGGUUUAUAUGUGUGCAACUCUUAGGCCAGAGCCUGGCACAUAGUAAGCACUCAAUAAAUGGUAGCUAUUACUUUCUCAUUCACCCCUAUAGAGCCUCAGCUGCUAGAAUGAUGUCUGGGGAAAUAGUAGGUGCUUAAUAAAUAUUUGGUGAAUGAAUGCAAGCAUUCUGAUUAUAACUACUGUAUUGCUCUGCCUUGUCUCCUAUUAUAAAAAGAAUAGUAAAUUAGUAAUUUUCCCCAGUAUUUUAAAGGAAAUGUCUUUAUUCUCUAACGUCUUUCCCAGAUGAUUUGAGGUCAGGAAGUGUGAUGAAAAUUAGAGCAAAUGGAAUACUUUUGUAAAUCUUUUAAUGAAUUUUGUAGGUAAGAAAUACUAUCUUUAGGAAGUGGCAUUUGGAAAUAAUUAUUAAACCACCUCUUAGCGAUCACUGGGUUAUUGGCAAAGAUGAAAAAGGAAGUGAGAAAGGAUUUUGUGCCAUUGUAUUCAUUGUAUUCAUAGUGUAUCUGGAAGAUAUACAAAUUGUAACAGUUCUAAUGGUUUUACGUGCUUUUUAUUUCACUGUAAGUAUAAUAUUAAAUAUUUAGUUAAAUGUAAAAUUUCUUUUUUGCUAAGUCAUCAACAUCCACUUCAGAGCCGAGCUUUUCUGACUUUGCUGAGAGAAACUUUUGUCCUCAGGAAAGGUGCAUUACUGCUUGGCUUUAGUUGGUAGUGUAUUCAGUUAACAAAAUUCUUGCAACAUUGUUAAUUUGGUUUGUUUCUAUUAUUAGUCUAUCUUUGUUUAGCUGAAUCAAAGAAUUGAUCAUUCUUUAAAAUGAAAAAUAAUUGUUUUUUAGUGUUCCAAAAUACACGUUUACCUCCAUAGAAAUGCUAUAUAACGUAGAAAAUUUUUUGGCUAAGUAUGCAUCUUAAAUAUUCAGGUAACUCAAGAACAGAAGUUGGGUCUUCAGACAAAGGUAUGUGUACUUCUGGGAGUCUUCAACCUUCUAAAGGAAAUACAGGCAUAGAAAACAUUCCAGAUCCCCAGUUCCCAUAUAUAUACUCUUUGUUAAAAUGAUCUGUCUAAAGAACAUUUUCAUGUUCAAUGGAUUAUGCCAGUUUUCUUUACCUUCUGCCUUUUCAUUGUCACCCUCUCCCACUUUACAUAAUAAAACUAUGGCAAGCA